UAAAUAGCCUGAUUUUGUUUUGAAACAGAUCUUCAGAAACACAAGACAUCAAUCAAGACCUGAAUCCUGGAAGUCGACUCUCUGAGCAACAUUGCCAAGAAUGGAUUUAGAUCUCAGAAACGCAUUUCUAUGUGAACCAUCCAGGGAUGACCCAGGACCAGUUAAUACAGACUUGAAGCCCAGCCAAGGACCUGCUCCGCCGAAGAUGGGGGGUGUCUCUGAGCUCCAGAGCCCUCAGCAUAGCUUAUUGCAAAGCGGCAAUAACUCGUGUGCAAGGCAGGAGCUGCAAAGGCUAUAUAAAGCAUUUCACUCAUGGCUGCAGCCAGAGAAGCACAGCAAGGAUGAAAUGAUGUUUCAAGUCAUCCUGGAACAAUUUAUGAUCAACAGACAUUUCAGUGAAAGGUCCGCUUUGAAAGAAAAAUGGGAAUCGAGUGGCAGAAACCUGGAGAAAUUCAUGGAAGCCCUGAGCGAUGGCUGCAUGAAGCCACCUGGCUUAGUCCACGUCCACAUGCAGGGACAGGAAGCCCUCUUCUCUGAGAAUAUGCCCUUAAGAGAAGUCAUUGUGCAUCUAACAAACCAGCUGACCAUGGGAAUCCCAAACAGGGAGAACGUGGGGACCCCUUUCUGGACUCCCCAAGGUACUUCCGUGGAAACAGGGCAGAGAGAGAAGGGAAAUGAAGAUAAAGAAAAUGGCAACGUUUCUUCGAAAACCUGUCAAGCAAAUGACAGUAUUACUAGUCAAAGUGAUCAGACACCUUUCCUACUCAUUGUCCAAGAAGAGAACUGUCCUCGGCUGGAAGAAGGGGGUGUUUCUCUGGAGAAUCCACUCCGCUUCAGAAGAGCAGGUCCAGGCACCUCCAGGUCCCAGGAAGGGUCCCUGAAAGGACCCUCUUAUGAAGAUGUCCUUCUGGAGGAACCAGGCUUUCUCUCUGGGCCAGACCAGGUCACCCUGGAGCCUGUUCCUGCCCAUCAGAGCACUGAGGGAAAGUCUGCUUGCGAGGAACACCGAGAAGGAUUCCACGGAGUCCAAAAAGCAUACAAAUGUGAGGACUGUCCCAAGGUCUUUAGGUACUUCUCUCGGUUAAAAGUUCAUCAGAGGAGACACCGGAAUGAGAGGACAUUUGUUUGUGCCGAGUGCAACAGAGGCUUCUUCCAGGCAUCAGACCUGCGUGUGCAUCAGAAGACCCACACCGGAGAGAAGCCUUUCCUAUGCAGCACGUGCAAAGCGGCCUUCAGCCACAAAACCAACCUGCGGGCUCAUGAGAGAAUCCACACGGGGGAGAAGCCCUAUGCGUGUCCCCUUUGCCGGAGAAGCUACCGCCAGUCAUCCACCUACCACCGCCACCUGAGGACGCACCGGAAGGUUGCCCUCAGGAGUGUCCCCUCCACGCCACAAGCUUCCUUGGCCACGGCCCUAAUGUAAUGUCUAUAAAUGUGUAUGCGAGGAUGUUUAUUUCCAGAGUUCUUCUCUGUUUAGAAUAUACUUUAUAACUUCCUGAUUGUAUUUUCCAUUUAUUGCUUC